AUCCACGCGUUAUUCGUCUUCUAGAACAUUUAGUGCGGCGGCCGGCGUCAUUGAGUUGCUCGAAAUUUCUGCGGAUUUACGAAAUAAGUCAGUGCUAUUGGUAAUCUAGACAAUAUGGCCCUGGAACAGCUUAAAAGCGAUGUGGCUGAGUUUGCGGCCUUUUUGGAGCAGGCCAAAGGCGCCCGCGUAAAAGGCGUGCUGACCACGGCAAAAGCGGAGGCGGAACGGGAGAUCGUCAACCUGGAGAUGAAGGCGCGCAUUGCGGCGGAGCGAAAGGCAGCGGGAUCUAGCGAUGCCAAGAGAUAUCUGCACGAGCUGACCGACUACGGCUGGGACCAGAGCGCCAAGUUUGUAAAGCUCUUCAUCACGCUGAACGGCGUGCAGGGCUGUUCGGAGGAGGAUGUGACCGUCAACUACACGACAACCUCACUCCAGCUGCAUGUGCGCAAUCUGCAAGGUAAGGACUUUGGGCUCAGCGUGAACAAUCUGCUGCAUGAAAUUGAUGUGGAGAAGAGCUAUCGCAAGAUCAAAACGGACAUGGUGGCUAUCUAUCUGAAGAAGGCCAAGGAGGGCGAGAACUGGGACGUGUUGACAGCCAUCCAGAAACGAUUGAAGCAAAAACAGGACACCGAGAUGAGCAAGGAUAGCGAUAAUCCUGAAUCGGCGCUUGUAAACAUCAUGAAGAAGAUGUACAAUGAUGGUGACUCGAAAACGAAGCAAAUGAUUGCCAAGGCCUGGACCGAGAGUCAGGAUAAGGCCAAGUUUGGUAAGGAGACGGGUGGCGGCUUGGAUUCUCUCGGCGAUCUCUAGAUAAUAUAACCCACCGCCCAACCGACUUCAUGUAUUGCUAAAUACUUAGGCACUGCUUUGAUUCCAGCACAAUGUGUAUUUGUGGAUAAAUAAAAGCCCUACGAGGGCAUUAAGUUAAAA